UUCUUGCAACACAGGCGGAGGCGGCGCUCUGCGAGGCGAAGGCUACGCUCACGAGCCGCCGAAGCCCGGGACGCCGAGCGCUUGGCUGGGGUGCAGAGCUCCCUUUGCCCGCGGACCAAAGCCCGCAGAGGAGCCGCGUGGAGCUCAGCCGCUGCGAGGCCGUUUCGGGGACUAUGGUCGGGCUCCUUUGGCUGCACGGCAGCUGCUAGAUCCCAGGGAUAGUGUUUUCUGUGCCUUUGGAAAAUCCUGGUUGGCAACCAAGUCGUUGAGAAUGAGGACAGCGGAGGAUUCCUCUGGGACUGUCCUUCAUCGCCUGAUUCAGGAGCAGCUGAGGUAUGGCAACCUCACAGAGAAUCGAACACUCCUGGCAAUACAGCAGCAGGCUCUGCGUGGAGGGGGAAGCGGUGGGAGCCCCCGGUCCUCCCUGGAGAGCCUCACGCAGGAAGAGAGCCAGAUGGUUCAGCAAUCCACACGGCAGGAGCCCCAGGGUCAGGAGCACCACUGUGACCACCUCUAUCUGGAAAAUAACAUGUAUCGGCUCUACCAGCCUCAGCACAAAGGAGAGGAACUUCCCACCUAUGAGGAGGCUAAAGCUCAUUCCCAGUAUUAUGCCCUGCAGCGAGGGCAGCAAGCAGGCGCAGCCUCAGGGGCACUGGGAGAGGGAGGGCAACGUAGGGCCUAUGCCUCUGACGCCAGCAGCAAGCACCAGGAUGAAUCGCUGAAAGAGCUAAGACAUGGGCACGUGCGCUCGCUCAGUGAACGGCUCAUGCAGAUGUCUCUGGAGAGGAAUGGCGCCAAGGCUCAGAGCCACAUGAGCUCUUCUCACAGCUACCCUCAACUUUCCAGGCACUACCAGCUUUGUGUCUCCAGAGGCAAGCUCCCUGAGGAACUGGAGCCCCGUGGUCCCCCUCCAGAAUACCCCUAUAUAAUCCCCUCCCAAGAGGCUCCUGGCAGUUACCUGCCAGACUCCAGGCACCAAUACAGAGAAGGUCCAGGAUUUCAACACCCUGAUAUCAGGGUGAUGCAGGCUCAGAUGGCCCAAGCUUUCCUGCCACAGCAGGCCACGCUGGGCCAGAGUACUCUGGGAUCCCUCACUUCUGCUGGGAUGGAGGCCCUGAUGACAGCCCAGGCAGCUUCCACUGGUAGUCACUUGUCCCAAAUGGAAGCUGUGUUGAUGGAGAACGAGAAGCUGCUGAGAGAGAAUGAGAAGCUGCAGAGAGAAAAUGAGCUUCUGCGGCGGGAACUGGAAAACUUCGGUGAAAAAGCCAACCGAAUCCAGAAGCUGGAAACUGAGAUUCAGCGAAUUUCAGAGGAUUAUGAAAACCUGAUGAAGGCAUCUUCUAAACGUGAGGCACUGGAGAAGACCAUGAGGAACAAGAAGGAUGGGGAGUUGCGGAGGUUGCAGGACUUCAAUCGGGAUCUGAAAGAGCGUUUGGAAUCUGCAAACAAGCAGCUGGCUAGCAGGACACAGGAAAACCAAGAAGCUAACCAAGGGGCUAUGGCAAAACUUCUUGCCCAAAAAUACCAGCAAGAAAAGGAGCAGGAAGUUGCCAUCCUGCGUAGUGCCAAUGAAGACCAACGCCGGCGGGCAGAGCUGUUGGAACAGGCUCUAAGCAAUGCCCAAGUUCGAGCUGCCAAAAUGGAGGAUGAGCUGCGGAAGAAGCGGGCCUAUGUAGAGAAAGUAGAGAGGCUGCAGCAGGCACUGGGGCAGCUCCAGGCAGCCUGUGAGAAGCGAGAGCAGCUGGAACUGCGUCUCCGCACUCGUCUUGAGCAGGAGCUGAAGAUGCUGCGGGCUCAGCAGAGACAGAUGGGAGUGCCAAGUGGAGGAUCUUCUGAGCAGAAUGCCCAUUUACUGUCUGAACAGCUGAGAGAGAAGGAAGAGAAGAUUCUAGCCCUAGAGGCUGACAUGACGAAGUGGGAGCAGAAGUACUUAGAAGAGUGCACCAUGCGGCAGUUUGCCAUGGAUGCUGCGGCCACUGCAGCCGCACAGCGGGAUACAACCAUCAUCAACCACUCCCCACGCCACUCCCCUAACAGUAGUUUUGAUGAGGACCUCUUGCUGGCCAAUCACAAGCACCAGGAAAUGGAGAACAGGUUAAAAAUUCUGCAUGCCCAAAUACUGGAGAAGGAUGCGGUCAUCAAAGUCUUGCAGCAGCGCUCCCGCAGGGACCCUAACAAGGCUCUUCAGGGCUCUCUGCGACCUGCCAAAUCUGUGCCAUCCAUUUUUGCAGCCUCUGGGACCCAGUUUUGGCCAGGCAUGGCUGGCAGUGAAAGUGGUUCCCGAGGGAGUGCAGCUCCCAAGGUCUCAGCAGAAGCUGCCAGCCAAGCAGCUUGUGGCCCUCUUCCCUCCCACACCAAACACGGCAGCAGAGACGGGAGUACACAGACAGAAGGGUCCUCUGAGCCCCCUCAGUGUGAAGAACUUGAGCCACACCUCGAAAGCAGCAGCGGUGCAGCAGAUUCAUUAGAGACUUUGCCAGCUGCUAAAACCCUGGACCUGUCUGACAUGGUGGAGAUUCUCAUCUGAGGAACGGGAGUCCUCUGUGCACAUGACCAGACCUUGCCACUCCUUUCUGCUUUAUCAGUGGACAGUGACUGACCAAAAGCGCACAGACUGGAGAACUCUUUGGCAACUAGGAUGGCCGGCGGAGGGUAGACAGAGACUUUGCAAGGGAAGCUGGAAGGGAAUCCCAAGCAGAUCAGCUGUUGCAUUUUGGGUUGUGAAGCUGCAAUAGCAACAGACUUCCAUUUGUGUUUUGAGUCACCCCGAAAGGUUUCUCUGCUGCCAUGGACUGAGCAAUAGCAGGCAUUCUGUUUGUUGAGGCUGGUGCUUGCAUAGCAGCCACUGGUCCAUGCUUUCUUUGCCACUGGCUCUCCUGAGAGAUGGGAAGGAAGACUGGGAAGUCAAGUAGGACUCUGGUGCUGCCUGGGUGUAGCCCCGAAAGAGGGUGGCAAGCUGGGAUUUGGCACCCCAAGAGGUGGCAUGCCUGAUUCACUGGCUCCUGGCAGGUACCUGGACCUGAAGUGUAAGCUGUCUUAAGCAAAGAGUGUUUGUCUGGUGCUGUUGUGGCUAGAAUUAAUUCCCUGCACCCUGUUCUCGCCCCCAUCCCUGGUCCACCUCCCGCCUCUCAAGCAGGGGGACUGCUGUGGAUACAGAGGGCUACAGACAAUUGGCUACUUUUGGCUGGAGUGUAGAACCUGACCUGUGAUAGGUGCUGCGGCAGAGGAUCAGAGAUGGGGCCUGGUUUUUUGUAUAUAUCUUUUCUUCUGUAACAACAAACCCAAUAGUAAGCAAUAUUUCACUCAGCCACAGUCCCUCUGUUUUGGCUUUUCCUGCCACUUGCAGUGGGGUCUGCCUCAUCUCUCUCUUUGUUCCCUGUCAAGCUUCUUUCUCCAUUGUCUUGCUUUCAGAUUUGUUUUAGCGUUUCUUUUCCCCCCCUUUCUUCCAUUUCAUAUCCUGUUUGUCCAGAGUUAAAUAUCCGCCUUCACAGUCCUUCAGAUUCCAUUUGCUUUGAAGCUGUUUCCCAUGAUGCUUCAGACUGGAAUUUCCCUGCUCUUUGUUUGAAUAGCAGCCGCGAGCCAAGUGUUUCUGUUCAGUGCGUUGCAGUUUCCAAGCUGUGUCCUUUAAACUGGAUACAUCCCCAUGUGGUGUAGAUCAGCACAGCUGUAUUGGGAUGAAUGGCCCUGAUCCCCAGCUGGCAUAAAACGGGGGUCAUUCCAUCUGCAGAAAAUACCGUCUGUUCCAAGGGAAGGUCGUGGUUGGGCCUCUUACAGAUAGGAAUAAUGAGUAUUCAGAUAAGCAGUGCUUUAAAAGUGAAUCGGACCUUGCUCCAAAACAGUGGGAGAAGUGUGAUGCAGUAUGUGUGUGGGGGUUUGUGUUGAGUUGAUUUGUUUGUGAAGUGGGAAAUGUGGCCUGCAGCUAGUCUUCUGCAUUUAUGGGCAUUUAUGGAAAUGAUGUGAGUGAAUAUGGAAAUGCAAAAAUAACUUUCUACCCUGACUGCCUUUUUUAUUUCUGGAAAAGUAUUGAUUACAUACACAAAACACCUCUUUUUCUUUUCUCUCUGGAUCUACUCCAGAAUGUGCAAGUCUUGAUCACUCAAGAGCCUUCUACACUCCUGUCUACUGGCAGCAGGCUUCUGACAGUAGCCCACUCGGAUGUUAACGCAUUUCUCUUUCCACCAAACCCUGGUGCUGUUGCUUUCACGUACUUUUUGACUCCCCCUCUUGUCCCCUGUCUCUGUUGAACAUGUGCAUUUGCUGGACAACUGCAUUUAAAAAAAAUCACCCUCCAUAGUUCUGUAAAAAAAGGUGUUCAGUCGUGCAUUGUUUACAAGUGAAAAACAAAGCAAAAAAAUUAUGAGAGAAAGAGAGAAAAAGACACAUCUUAAUAUAUUUCGUAUUAAUAUUGGUAUACCUUUUAAACUAUUUUUGUGCUGUGAACUUUUUUUCUGCCAAAGACAAUGAGGGGUGUUUUUUUUGUGCGUUUUAAGUUAUCUUAAGUAUUUAAAUGUAAACCUGGCUGUUUUAUUAUGCCGCCUUAUACCGAGAUUGCUGUAGCAUUCCACUUGGUAUAACAGUAUUUUAAUUAAAAAAAUUGUCUAACAAA